AAAAAGUAAACUCUGCGCUGGCACCGUGAGAAACGAAGAUGGAGAAAGUUCUGAAUGAUGUGAUUGAUAACUUCCUUGGAGGAAGAUUCAAGACUUGCAGGUCUUUGUUGGAAGGUAUACCAGUUGCAGAAUCGAAGACGUCUGGUGUGGCUCAAUGUCUGGUGGAAAAUAACCUACUUGUCUGCAGUUACAAACAGGAGGAGCUGUUAUCCACGGAUGGUGAACCUGAUGUCUCUAGAGCAAUAGAUGGAUUCUGCGCAAUCACAUCGGUGAUGCACGGUCUACCUUCAUCAAUGAAAUCCCUCCCAGUCGAGUUCGCUGCAUCAUUCAACACCUCGGUAUUACUCCUACAACGAUUAAACUCCAGAGAACUGCCACGAUCCGGCUCAAACCGGAUCUAUCAAGCUGCCACUGAUCCUGCUGAAACCGGUUUGAACCAGAUUAAGGAGAUUGCCCGUACUUGCUUUCAUAGGGUGUGUUCAGCGAUGAGAGUAAAUGAAGACAGAUCAGCCGAGCUACAAGAUCUUCUCAUCAAAAUCACCGGCUUUGCUCACCUACUACCAGCCGAUGUAAUCUCAUCUGUGUUGCUGGAGUGCUGUGUGGCCAGUCUAGCUCACGUGGCCAAUCAUCAGCAUCAAGAUGCAAUACAGAUUCUCAACCAAGCCUUAAAGCUGCAGUCAAGAGCAUCUAGAGGUGACACACAAAAGGUCUCCUCACUUGUGUUACUGCUGAGUCUACAAACUGGUCGCUUAGCUGUGGAUGUUAACGCUCUGCAAGACAAUGGUACGUCUCGCGUCCAUGCUGCAGAUCUAACACAAUUCCUAUUGGUUGUUUGCCUGUUUCAAACUGGCCAAUGGGAAGGCUGCCUUGCUCAAAUAAACAGAGACCGAUCAGGACUUCCAGAACCACUCAACUUGAUUCGAAUAUUUAUCCAAGGAUUUUGCUUGUACCAAGAAGGACAUGUCAAAUCUUCCAUAAAAAAGCUUAUGCCUCUGACGGCCAUUAGGGACUGUGAUGUCAUCUCUAAACGUGUCAAAGUGGAAUCGCUCAACCUGGUUGGCUGUUGCACGGCAACUAUUAACAAAUCCUACACGGCUAGACAGAUAUUUCAAGGAGCGUUGAAGGUUGACUUUUCGUACCUCUGUCCGUUAUACAAUGUCUCCCUCAUUUAUCGCCGUCUGAAACUUCAUGACGCGGAGCUUGAGGCACUUAAUAUUCUUCUUAAGACUCUCAAAGACACAAAGUCAUCCCCAGAUUCUGAUGAAGGAGCUGAUGACAUCAUCUCAGGUUGCCUAGCAACCGCCUCAUUACAUACGGAUGGUUGUUUCAGCUUCAGUCAAGAAACUCUUAGCGUUGGGUUUAUCAUGUAUACAGUGGCAAGGAGGUCCCUGGAUAUCACAAGAUACAGUGAUGCUGUCCAAAGGUACCAGGAGCUACUGAAUGAGGAGGCAGACUCGUUAUUACCCAACAAGUCAUCUACCAGCCGCUUGCAAAGCUCUUCAGGUCUCCCCUCUGUUAGAAAGAUUUAUCUUGAAGCAGCUUUGUCGUUGUACUAUAACAAUAACAUCGACAAGUCCAUCUCACUCCUCGACAAACUCCUCACCAAAAUGGGCUACAAGGGAAAGACCAAACCUGAGCCUCAGCCCAGCCAAACAGAUCGUGCCAGGAGGCAACUGGAGUCCCCAGAAGAUGCGUUGCCAAGCACCAGUAACCAUAGCAACAGUCGUCAUGGAGACAGGGACCACAAUAUGCUUCCUUCGUCCAGCACAACUCAGAACUUUAAAUCGUCGGACGGUAGAAUAUCAAAAUCGACACUGAUGUCAGAAUCGGAAUUCCCUUUCAGAUCCCCGUCUGUGAGAUUUGAGAGAAUCGCUUCAAGACAUUCUGAGGAGGCUGAGAAAACGGAAAAAGUUAAUCAGAAGAUGUACCUUGCGAACGCUCUCUUACUAAAAGCAAACUGUCUGAUCAAGAAGCAAGAGUUACCAGAUGCUUUGCGAAUAAACAACGAGUUACUGAACCAUCUUGCUGGGGUGGAAAGGAAGGAGGAGGAGCGUGUUGAACGACACUCAAAGGAAGACGAUCGUCUUGAGACAGGCAAGAGGACUUCUACAGAGGCGGGGAAUGACUCCCAAAAGAGAAAAAGAAGAAGAAUAGACUCGUUCUUAGAUAAUGGAAGUAACCCAAGUCCUAGCGAAGAAACAAAAGUCCGAAAGCUUGAGCCAAUCAGCAGCAGCCUUCUAGAGAUCAAGACCAAAGCCUACAACAAUAAAGCACUGAUUCUGAUUGGUCAGAUGAAGAAUCCUGAAGCAUUUCAAAUGCUUGUCUUAAGCUUACAGUGCACUCCAGAUGAUGUUGACGCUUUGUACAACUAUGCUCUGUUACUGACCAAGAUGGGGAGAAAGCAAGAGGCAUGUCAUACUAUGAAAAAACUGCUGGAGAUUGAGACUAGUUUAAAGACAUCGCCAUUGUCUAAAUACCUCUUUAACACAUGAUGUUUACAAACAGCCAGUGGUGUAACUGGAGGGGGGGGGGUGUGGUGGUUAGAGGUGGAAGCCCUCAAAAUUAUGUUAAAGGACUUGGGUACUUUUUGUAGGACAAAAAACACAAUGUCCACAGA